GCAAGAAAGAAGCGCUCUGAUCACAAGUUUCACCCUUCAAAUGACUGCACACAGACAUUCUCAAAAGCGUGUACUGUGAAUGGACUUGUAGGGAUGCCGCUGCUCAUGUCGCGGGCCCUCAAGAUGCGCUGCGUGACGUGUCGAAAUGCAACGAAAGCUCUACAACUUUUGCUUGCGCUCAAUUGCGAGGGUACUGUGCUUUCCGGAUUUGCUUAGCGUUGCUGACGCAGGCAUUUCGCAGCUCAGUGAGGGUUGGUCCAUCUUUCGUACCAGUCGUGAGUUUGAGUGCAUCGAUAUACACGCAUGUAACGCACCGGUGCGUCGAGACACGCUUCAUCGCACAGAGCUGGGCGAAUAUUCCGCUCAAGGAGGGGACAGAGUCUGGCAUGCGCAAACGAUGUCCAUGGGUUGAGAAGACAAUGUACGACAGGUGAUUGGCUGCGGGCCAAGGUGACGUCAUG